AUGUCUACCACUGUUAAUAAUAAUGAUGCCUCUAGUAGUAGUACCUCUGUCUCUAAUAGCGCUGAAUCCUUUGAUUUAAGAAUGAAAUCAAUGGAGGAUCAAAUCAACAACCUUUCCUUAGCCUUUACAAGAUUCA